AAUCCACCCAGAGAUGCCUCAGAAGAAAGGCCUGGAGAUCAGUCUACUUCUGAAAAAUCAUCCUUUGAAAACCUUAUGGAGCACAGUUCAACUCUGACACACAUGGGGUCUCCAUGAUUUCGAGUUGACUUGAAGCUCAGCGGAGAGUCGUAAGAACUUGUUACAUGAUGGGAAAUCAGAAAAUAGCUGCUUUUGAAGCCUGAUGAAGGUUCAAUGGAACACAGUUUGAGAAAUAAUCUUAUACAUGAUGACUGUGUGGAAUUUCUCGCCAGAUUUUUCAGUUUAGGAUAACAAUGAGGGUCCCUGUAUUUGAGGAUUUGAAAAAUGAAACCGAAGAGGAAAAAACGGGGGAAGAAGAAAAUGAAGAAGAUAAGGUAUUCUGUAAGCCUGUUAUUGAAGACCUAAGCAUGGAAUUGGCCAGAAAAUGCACAGAACUCAUUAGUGAUAUCCAUUAUAAAGAAGAGUAUAAAAAGUCGAAGGACAAGUGCACAUUUGUGACAGACACUCCUAUGCUAAACCAUGUAAAAAAUAUUGGUGCAUUUAUUUCUGAGGCCAAAUACAAAGGCACCAUUAAGGCAGACCUUUCCAACUCUCUUUAUAAGCAGAUGCCAGCCACAAUUGACAGUGUCUUUGCAAGAGAAGUUACACAGCUUCAGAGUAAGGUUGCCUACAAGCAAAAACAUGAUGCUGCCAAGGGAUUCUCAGAUUAUGCCCACAUGAAGGAGCCGCCUGAAGUCAAACAUGCCAUGGAGGUCAAUAAACACCAGAGCAACAUUUCUUAUCGAAAAGAUGUGCAGGACACACACACGUAUAGCGUGGAACUUGAAAGACCAGAUAUCAAGAUGGCAACCCAGCUAUCCAAGAUCAUAAGCAAUGCAGAAUACAAGAAAGGACAAGGAGAAAUGAAUAAGGAGCCUGCUGUAAUUGGAAGACCAGAUUUUGAACAUGCUGUAGAAGCUUCUAAACUUUCUAGUCAAAUUAAAUACAAAGAGAAAUUUGAUAAUGAAAUGAAGGACAAGAAACAUCUUUACAACCCUCUUGAAAGUGCCUCUUUUAGGCAAAGUCAGCUUGCUGCCACACUAGCCAGUAACGUAAAGUACAAGAAAGACAUUCAAGAUAUGCACGAUCCAGUUUCAGAUCUCCCAAAUUUGUUGUUUUUAGACCAUGCUUUGAAAGCCAGCAAAAUGCUCAGCAAUCGAGAAUAUAAAAAGCUUUUUGAGGAAAAUAGAGGACUGUAUCAUUUUGACAUGGACGCUGCAGAACACCUGCACCAUAAAGGCAAUGCCACGCUCCAGAGCCAGGUUAAAUACAAAGACAAAUAUGAAAAAAACAAGGGAAAAUCAAUGCUUGAAUUUGUGGAGACACCAUCUUAUCAAGCUUCAAGGGAGGCUCAAAAGAUGCAAAGUGAGAAAGUUUACAGAGAAAAUUUUGAGAAGGAAAUUAAAGGAAGGUCAUCAUUGGAUUUAGACAAGACUCCAGAAUUUUUACAUGUAAAGUACAUCACCAACCUUCUGAAGGAGAAGGAAUAUAAGAAAGAUUUGGAAAAUGAAAUAAAAGGGAAAGGAAUGGAUCUUAAUUCAGAAGUUCUUGAUAUUCAAAGAGCAAAACGAGCAUCUGAAAUGGCUAGUGAGAAAGAAUACAAGAAAGACCUGGAGUCAAUGAUUAAAGGGAGGGGAAUGCAAGUUGGCACUGACACCCUUGAAAUACAGCGGGCCAAAAAAGCUUCAGAUUUAGCUAGUGAGAAAGACUAUAAAAGGGAUCUGGAGACUGAAAUUAAGGGAAAAGGCAUGCAGGUGGACACAGAAACACUGGAUAUCCAGAGAGCUAAGAAAGCGUCCGAAAUGGUCAGCCAGAAAGAAUAUAAGAAAGACUUAGAAAAUGAAAUUAAAGGGAAAGGGAUGCAAGUGAGUAUGGAUAUCCUGGAUAUGCUUCGAGCCAAGAGAGCAUCUGAAAUCUAUAGCCAGAAAAAAUAUAAAGAUGAAGCAGAGAAGAUGCUUUCUACCUAUUCUACUAUGGCAGAUACUCCUGAAAUUCAGAGAAUUAAGACAACUCAACAAAACAUUAGCACAGUAUUUUAUAAAAAAGAAGUAGGAUCUGGCACAGCAGUAAAAGAUACCCCAGAGAUUGAACGAGUAAAGAAAAAUCAGCAGAAUAUUAGUUCAGUGAAAUACAAAGAAGAGAUUAAACAUGCAACAGCCAUUUCGGAUCCUCCAGAGCUAAAGAGAGUUAAAGAAAACCAGAAAAACAUCAGCAAACUUCAGUAUAAAGAGCAGCACUACAAGGCAACUCCAGUAAGUAUGACACCAGAAAUAGAGAGGGUGCGGAAGAACCAGGAGCAGCUGAGCACGGUAAAAUACAAAGGAGAGAUUAAACAGGCAACUGCCAUUUCUGACCCACCAGAGCUGAAGAGAGUUAAAGAAAACCAGAAGAAUAUCAGCAAUGUUUAUUAUAAAGGUCAGCUGGGCAGAGCCACUGCUUUAAGUAUAACUCCUGAAAUGGAAAGAGUAAAGAAGAAUCAAGAAAAUAUUAGCUCGGUAAAAUAUACCCAGGACCAUAAACAGAUGAAAGGUAGACCAAGUCUGCUUUUAGAUACACCUGGUCUGAGGCAUGUUAGAGAAGCACAAAACCAUAUUUCAAUGGUAAAGUAUCAUGAAGAUUUUGAAAAGACAAAAGGAAGGGGCUUUACUCCUGUUGUGGAUGACCCUGUGACUGAGCGAGUGCGAAAGAACACCCAGGUUGUCAGUGAUGCUGCCUACAAGGGCGUCCACCCUCACAUCGUGGAGAUGGAUAGGAGACCUGGCAUUAUCGUUGACCUCAAAGUUUGGCGCACAGAUCCUGGCUCUGUCUUCGACCUUGAUCCCCUGGAAGAUAAUAUUCAGUCUAGAAGUCUGCAUAUGCUCUCUGAAAAGGCAAGUCACUAUAGGCGACACCGGUCUCGCUCUUAUUCCGGCAGUACUUUUGGUGCAGGUCUGGGAGAUGACAAGUCGGAAAUAUCCGAGAUCUACCCUAGCUUUUCAUGCUGCAGUGAGGUAACAAGACCGUCUGAUGAAGGAGCCCCUGUUCUUCCUGGAGCCUAUCAACAAAGCCAUUCUCAAGGCUAUGGGUACAUGCACCAGACCAGUAUGUCGUCCAUGAGGUCAAUGCAGCAUUCACCAAAUCUAAGGACAUACCGAGCCAUGUACGAUUAUAGUGCCCAGGAUGAAGAUGAAGUCUCCUUCAGGGACGGUGACUACAUUGUCAACGUGCAGCCCAUCGAUGACGGCUGGAUGUACGGCACGGUGCAGAGAACUGGGAAAACGGGGAUGCUCCCAGCGAAUUACAUUGAGUUUGUUAAUUAAUUAUUUCUCCUUGCCCUUUGAGCUUUAUUCUAAUGUAUUCUAAACCUAAUCUUUUUAAAAGAUAGAAGAUACUUUUAAGAUAAUUUGGUAGUUAUUUUACAAUGAUCUGUCCUUACUUUGACAAUUAGACACACAGGUACCAGGAAGAAGGAAUGAGUUCUGGGCUGAAAAACGGCAGCAUUUUCAGUAAUUCCUACAAACACAAUAAUUACAUCUGGAGACCUGGUGCUGCUAAUUGUGUUAAUGGUUUCCUUUGACUGGCUAUUGAACUCUUCUGGGAAAUGUAUUUUUGUAGACUUUAAUGGAGAUGUUGAUUGUCCCUUAAAUGUAACAAGUGUAUGAAAUGGAAUCACCAGACGCCAGUUUCCUUAAUUCAGUAAUGCAGCCGAUACUUAAAAAACUGUUCAGCUUUUUAGUCAUUAGAAAAUUUCCUAAUAUAAAUGGAAAUUGUCUAAUAUAAUAAAUGUAAGCAG